CAUUAACGUCGCCAGUUACGUUUGUGCCUGCUUUCAAUUUCAACAACUCCUUUUUCUCAGAUCCUCGAAGCUGCUCAACUGCUAUGGCUUCUGUCGGGUGUCUCUAACGAGCUCUACUUUUUCAUUUUCUCGUUUUAUAGAUUCAUGAUGUGACGGCGAUCAUGGCAGGCAAUUUUGGACGCAAGUUAUACACUAACUUCUGGGAGGCAGCAAAUCCAUUAUUCGGUCGCCCUUUACGGGCAGGUCGCUUACGUUUUAUAUCUGACACACCGAACUCGGCCCAAUUCUCUUGCGAAUUCCUCUUCAGACGACAGGCCAGAAACACAUCAUCGUUGCCUCCUCGAAGAACAACGCAAAUCACAAGAAGAUUUGCUUCUGGGGGCUUCUUUGCCCUUGGAAUUUCACCUAGCUCGCCAGCAGUGGAAACCGGAGCGACAUGUGUAAUUGGUCCCGACAAAUUAUUACCACAUAGAAGCUAUCAUUUCGAUAGAAGACUUCUUUGCAACCUUACAGGAAAUGUCUGGAAGCGAGGACUUCAUACAAACAAGGAUGACCGGCUAAAAGGAGAGUCUCCUAGGGACCCCUCUUUCAAGUCAGGCAAUAACAAGUCUGGCUCAACAAACCUAGAUCGGACUGGAGAUGAGAUUCAAAAGAAUCGCCAGGCGGAGAAAUCCACCUAUGGGCACCAACUGGGAUCAUUUAACCGUCAUUUUAUCGACCGCUUACCACAUAUACCGCACAUUCCGCAUCUGCAACGGCCCACAAAAGAAGAACUUUUAGCGGCAGCAACUGGCUUUUGGUCCAGGCUCAAGGUACGAUUCAAGUGGUUUUCGAUCCGAAGUGUUCGACCUUUCAAUCUGGAUGAAAUCGCGGCCCUUUUUUCGUGGGUCUUCUUAGGCCAUGUGGUUUGGGUAGUCUUGGGAACAACAACUUUCUUUUCGUUACUUAUCAUUGCGAUAAACACUGUUUUUGCUCAAGAGACCUUGGCUAGAUGGAUAGGUAAUUACCUUACGAAAUCGUCCGGUGUGAAAGUCGUCUUCGAAUCUGCUAUUGUGCCCAGAUGGAAGGAUGGUGUUAUCACUUUCAAGAAUGUAUUUGUCUCGCGACGACCUGGACUGGGGACUGGAGAUGUCAGCAAAGGCUCGUCGAAGACAGCCGCGGCAGUGGCUGCAGCUGCCGCUCUCAGCGAACAACCGACCGCCGACGCAUCUGACCAGCGAACGAUUCCCGACGAGGAGGAUACGAACUAUACCCAGUUUGACAUAUCCAUCGAAUCAGUAAAUGUGACAUUGUCGUUCACGAAAUGGAUAAACGGAAAGGGCCUUUUGCGUGAUGUUGAUGUUAAGGGCAUUCGAGGAGUCGUUGACCGUAGACAUGUCCAUUGGUCAGAUGUCAACUUAGAUCCCAAGUCCUACCGGCACGAGCAUCACCCUGGAGAUUUCGAAAUCGACCGGUUCAAAAUGGAUGAUGUACUGGUCACAAUUUACCAACCCGAUAAUUUCCGGCCAUUUUCUGUCAGCAUAUUCUCCUGCGAUCUUCCUCAGUUAAGGAAGCAAUGGUUAUUCUAUGAUUUUCUAUCGGCGAAUAUGAUGUCAGGGUCAUUCGAUAACUCUCUGUUCACUAUCCAUCCGCGACAAACACACGGCUUCACUGGCGCACAGUUGGGCAACGGCCUAGAGGAAGACGGCAAACCGAGUCCGUGGAAGAAACACAGCCGGAUCCGUAUCGAUGGGUUGAAUAUAGACCAUCUGAACCGUGGAGUGCAGGGGCCAUUCUCAUGGAUACAUGAGGGAACUGUUGACAUUGUCGCGGACAUUAUGUUCCCGGCGGAGAAUGACGAGAGUUUAGCCAAGGUGAUGACUGAUCUCUAUGAUCGGUUGGAGGCAACAGUUACCUCCAACCGGUACGACCCUGCGUCGCCAGAUGCAGAUGUGUCCAAGGAAGACACUGCGAAUGAAGAUCGACGGUUCCUAGUCACCGACCUUCGAAUUCAUCUCAACAAUGCUAGAGCUGUGGUCCCUAUCUUCACACGGGAUCUUUCCUAUAUUAACAACGCGCUUAUACGGCCCAUUGUCGCGUACAUCAAUUCCCGGCGGACUUUUAUCCCCGUCAAUUGCCGCCUUGUCAAACGCGUUGGGGACUUUGAUGGCAGUUGGACCACUUUUGAUAGUGGUCUGAUGGACGAUCUCUCUGCCGCGGUAAGCCUAUAUUCCCCCCACUUUCACUACUUUGUCUUGCUGACAGGUCAACCAGGCGUAUGAUGGCUUCGCACGAGAUGUGGUAGACGACCAAGCGCG